GGAACAAGUUUCUCGGUCCGCUACAGGCACUAAGUCCAGCGGGCCGUGAGCUCCCCGAUCCCCCCAAAUCUCCGGCGCGUCUUGGGAGCUCGGUGCCGGCCGCUGCCCAGGGCCUGAACCCGCGCCUCUAUUAUGACAUCGCGUCAGUUCUGGUGCUUCCAGCCUCAAACGCGCCCAGCUAAGACUACAAAGGAAAUUAAAUGUAACCAAGUAAGUUCGGGGCCCCCCCUCCCCCAUGCAUGGACUCCCUGGGGUCCAAGCUCAAAAGCUCCAUGCUCCCAGCCCAUGCGCUCUCGACGUUCGUGCAAAGGCAAGGCCAGAAUUUAUCAGACAAGAUGGGAAAAGGCUGUAAGGUCGUGGUUUGUGGAGGAGUAUCUGUGGGGAAAACUGCGAUUUUGGAGCAGCUUCUUUAUGGGAAUCACAUUAUUGGUAAGGAAGACAGUGAGACGGUGGAAGAUGUGUACGUGGCCUCGGUGGAAACUGAUCGCGGGGUGAAGGAGCAGCUGCGCCUCUACGACACGCGGGGUCUGCAGGAAGGCGACGAGCUGCCCAAGCACUACUUCUCUUUUGCUGAUGGGUUUGUGCUGGUCUAUGCGAUGAAUGACCUUGAAUCCUUUCGGAGGGUGGAGAUUCUUAAGAAGGACAUAGAUAAGUUCAGAGACAAAAAAGAGGUAGUAAUUGUUGUCUUGGGAAACAAAUCUGAUUUAUCUGAGCAAAGGAAAGUGGAAGCUGACAUGGCCCAGCAAUGGGCAAAGAGUGAGAGAAUGAGGCUGUGGGAGGUGACCGUGACUGACCGGAAAACGUUGAUUGAACCAUUCAUACUCUUAGCCAGUAAGCUCACUCAGCCUCAGAGCAAAUCAACUUUCCCCCUGCCUGGAAGGAAGAACAAAUCGAAUGCCACUUCUGAGAAUUAGAUGUUGUCACAGUAAAAUGGCAUCUGAGAAAACAACUGGUCUCAUUCUAGACUUUUGUGAAGAGUGAAUGGAUUUAAAAUAAGCUAUUGCCUAGAACAUCCACCUUUCCCUUAGGAAACAGGUCUAACCAGGUCUCUAAAAGCACUUUAGAUCCUUAAAGUUAGUUAUAGUUUAUAAAAUGGGUUUGGAGGGGAGGGGGGUGGAGAGGAAGAGGGACUGCCUGCCGUUCUAAUAUGAAAUCGUAUUAUGUUGUAAAUAGAAUUCACAUAUUCAUUUCAAAGCAGUGUUUUUAAAAAUGAUAGUGCACUUGUGUUGUGUUAAGACUGUGAAAAUAAAAUGUGGAUAGCACAAA